AUGACCAGCCCAUCCGCGCCGCCGCCCUGCCCUCACCUCGCCGCGCACCGCCUCACCUCGCGCCCGCUCCGCUUCCUCCGCCGCUGCCUCCGCGUGCGCCCGCUCGGCCGCCCCGAGAUCCGCCGCGACGCGCGCGAGGUGCCCCGCUGCUCCCCCUGCGCGUCCUCCUCCCCGCCCCCCGCCCGCCUCUACGCCUGCCUCUCCUGCGCCUCCGUCUUCUGCCCCUCGCACGCCGCGUCCCACGCCGCCUCCCCGGGCCACCAGAUCGCGGUCGACGUCGACCGCGCCGAGCUCUUCUGCGCCGCCUGCGGGGACCAGGUCUACGACCCGGACUUCGACCACGCCGUCGUCCUGGCCCAGUCCACCGCCAUCCACCCCCCAUCCACCUCCACCCCCUCCCCCGCUCCCCGCAAGCGCCGCCGCGUCGACUACCGGGCCUGGGCGCCAGAUCCGGCCGAAUCCGCGCUGGUCAGCGCGGCCGCCGAUCCCACCACUUCAGCGUCCACCACCGAUCCAGCUGGCCUGCGCGGGCUAAACAACCUCGGCAACACCUGCUUCAUGAACUCCGUGCUCCAGGCGCUCCUCCACGCGCCGCCGCUCCGGAACUACUUCCUCGGCGAUCGCCACAACCGCUUCCUCUGCCCGCGCCGCACGCCCAUGAGGCACCGCGCCACCGAUGCAGACGCCAAGGCCGCCUGCCUCGCCUGCGAUCUCGACGAGAUCUACUCAGCCACCUUCUCUGGGGAGCGCACGCCAUACAGCCCCGCCAAGUUCCUCUAUAGCUGGUGGCAGCAUGCAACAAACCUUGCAAGCUACGAGCAACAGGAUGCACAUGAAUUUUUUAUCUCCAUCCUUGACCAUAUUCAUGAAAAUAUAAAGGACGAUGAGCACAAAUCACAUGAACAAGGCCACGGAGACUGUUGCAUUGCACACCGGGUGUUUUCUGGUAUCCUGAGAUCAGAUGUCAUCUGCACAAAUUGUGGGUUCUCAUCCACAACUUUUGAACCUUGCAUGGACUUCUCUUUAGACUUGGAUGCUGGAUGUAACGGUUCUCGUGGUGUUGCAAACCCAAAAGCACGCAAUGGAGAGAGGAACUUAGCUGGCAUGAAUCCCAAGGUAUCAUCAACACUCAUGAGAUGUUUGGAGCGGUUUACCAGGGCUGAGAGGCUAGAUGCUGACCAGAAGUUCUUCUGUGAACGUUGCAAGGAGAGGCAAGAGUCCCUUAAGCAAAUGUCCAUUCGGAGGCUUCCACUAGUUUCCUGCUUUCACAUCAAGAGAUUUGAGCAUUCGACAGUUAAGAAGAUGUCAAGGAAGGUUGAUCACUCUUUGCAGUUCCCUUUUUCUCUUGACAUGGCACCUUACCUGUCAUCCUCAAUUCUCAGAAGCAGAUAUGGGAACCGCAUAUUUCCAUCAGAAUCCAUAGAUUCAGAAGCAGUUUCGGAAUUGUCUUCAGAAUUUGAAAUAUUUGCGGUGAUCACUCAUAGUGGUAAGCUAGAUGCUGGCCACUACGUGACUUAUCUCAGGUUAAACAAUCAGUGGUACAGAUGCGAUGAUGCAUGGGUAACCAGAGUUGACGAGCAUACUGUCAGGACUUCCCAAGCAUAUAUGCUCUUCUAUGUGCAGAAGACGCUUUACUAUAAAGCUUGUGAAAAGCCAGCUGCAGUCUGAAUGAUUUUGAACAAAUAUUGAGGGCCUUAUCCUGUACCAGCAGGAAAUACAGCCAUCAUCUGAUAGAACAUAGUUUCGCCCAGAGAAAAAUGCCUGCCGUUUUCAUAUCAUUGCCAGCAAGGUGGACGGUCAAGUUUUGUGUUCUCAUUGACCAUAGAAUCAAUCAGAGUUUUUUUUUUUGUGGUGAUUUUCAACAGCCAGCAACCCAAAAGGAAAGAUGGUCACAUAUAUAUGUUGGAUUGUCUUGUUAUCCUGAUAAUGGAUAUCUUGGGAGCGUGAACUGAAAGCACUUCAUUAUUUGACACCAUUGGUGAUGAUGUUCUGACCAAUCUUACUGGGUGUAACAUUGAUUUGCGCAAGCAAAGAGUGGAGUAUGUAGAAGUGGGACAAAAGGGAACCUAAUUUUUGAUGUGUUCCUUGGUAAUUGAAUGCCAUCUCUCUUGGAGCUAGAGUUUUAUAUUGCUGACACCUGUAGGUCAGUCUGCCUUUUGUCUCUCCCUCAUUUGAUUUGUUCUUGCUUGUACUUCAUAGAUGAAAUAAAGAAAUAUAGCUGAAGAGAUGAAAUAUCUUUUUUUGCAUCCUUUUUC